GAAGUGGAAAAACAUCAACAAUCCUUGCAGGUUUCAGGCUAGGGCGAAGUGUCAGUGUAGCCUAGCAGCGAGGUAGCAAAGCUCGACUUCACCGUGUGUUUCCCAGAUUCGUUUUAUUAUUUUAUUUCACAAUUAGUGUAAUAGUAGCACUCCAACUAUGGCGUGGAUACAAAAGCUAAUUGGAGGAGGUGGAAAAGGAGGAAAGGGACCGAGCCCACAGGAGGCGAUCCAGAAACUCCGAGAGACGGAGGAGAUGCUAACGAAGAAGCAGGAAUUUCUAGAGAAAAAGAUCGAGCAGGAACUGCAAAUCGCCAAGAAAAACGGCACGAAAAACAAAAGAGCGGCUCUACAGGCAUUGAAAAGAAAGAAGAGGUAUGAGAAGCAGCUCGCCCAGAUCGAUGGCACGCUGUCGACCAUCGAGUUCCAGAGGGAGGCUCUGGAGAAUGCUAACACCAACACUGAAGUGCUCAAGAACAUGGGCUUCGCUGCCAAGGCCAUGAAGAAUGCCCAUGAAAACAUGGACAUUGACAAGGUGGACGACCUGAUGCAGGACAUUACAGAGCAGCAGGAACUGGCCCAGGAAAUCUCUGACGCCAUCUCUAAACCUGUCGGCUUCGGAGAGGAGUUCGAUGAGGAUGAGCUGCUGGCGGAGCUGGAUGAGCUGGAACAGGAGGAGCUGGACAAAAACCUGCUGGAGAUUGGGGGAGCAGAGAAUGUCCCCCUCCCCAGUGUGCCUUCUACUUCAUUACCUUCGAGACCUGCCAAGAAAGAGGAAGACGAGGACGACAUGGAGGACCUGCAGCGCUGGGCGAUGGAAGCCAUGUAAACACUGCAUCUGCCACAUCAUACCUGCAUCAGAGAGGGAAUAGAAAGGAGCAAGGGGGGGAUGAAUGGACUGACAGGAUGUUGUGUAUGAGUGUAUUUCUGUGUGUCUGAGGUGCGCUGACAUUACGUAACACGAGAAAAGGCAAAAAUGCUGUAUACUUUGUUUUCCCAAUCCCCUUUACAAAUACAGAGACCCUGGGGUGCUUAGCAAACGAGCCAGUUGGGGGCUUUUAUAAUGAAGCUAUAUUACUACACCUUGGCAAAGUAACCUAAUAUUUUUAUCCUUAAUUUCAACACAGUACUUGCACUCAAUGGUUCUAUUCCUGAGAGAUUAUUUCAGUGCCCACAGAGUUUAUACUGAGGUGUGAUGUUAUGAUCUCUGUGGUGCGAUAAGGAGCUGUGGUGUGAGGCUGUGUGGCACUACUGACAUCACUGGAUAACAGGGGAAUUUUCACUGGGGCUUAAUCCUGAAAAAUCUGUUUCCGACUCACAUAUUUACCUGUGUUUGUGGCGUUAAACUGGCUGGAUGUCUUUUUUUUUUUUUCCUUCUUAACAAAAAUAACACUCCUUUGCUCUCCGUUAUUUGUUAAUGCUGUUGAAAAUAGGAGAACAGUUGAGCAUGAGCUGGACGAAUAAGCUAUGAGCUGUGUUUUUGCCAGAAUCCAAACCUCCUCUUUUGUUUCAGGCCGCGUGCUUUGCCCCUUCCCCGCCUCCUCUUAGCCUCCUGUCGACAUUUCAGCGACUUCUCCCUGCCUCAAAGGCAUUCUCACCAGUGGUUCUUGUUAUUUGGUGUAAAUAUCCCAAAUGUGUCUCUUUUUAUAUUCUGUAUUUCUGCCGUCACUGAGAGGUUCUGUCGAGGUUGUGUGAAGCAUGCAGCGAUGGGAAAUCACAAUACAGAUCACAAUGCACGGUUCGGAAGAGAGAUGUUAAACCUAACAGUUUCAUCCUGCUCUGUCUGUCUCAGUCCUUCCCAUAAGGGUUUUUGUUUCAAAUUGUAUAAUGUUGAAAAAAUAAUAAUAAUAAACUAUUGUCACAACUUAUUAACUGCAUCUUGGAGGAGAUGGUGGUUUGUAAAAGAUUAGAUUAUAGUCAAUCUACAACAUUUUGGAGUUUAAAGAGUUGAUUCCUUUAGUUUUUCAAAGUCACAUUGUACAUUUUUUACAUAGGAAAAAAACAACACAAGGACGGAUGGACAAGCAUGUUUGCAUUUCUAUGUUUUAUUUAUCCAGAUGAGAAUAUUAUUUGCAAAAUCAUUAAAGGUUUUCAAUUCUU